CACCAUUGUGCAGUGAACAUGGUGGUGGCCGCCGCGACUUCCGCCGGCGUCCUGCGAGGGCACAAGUCGACGGUCAACUGCCUCGACGUUUGUGCCACUGCUCCGGACAUUCUUGCCUCUGGAAGCACCGACAGUACAUGCCGUGUCUGGGACCUGCGGAGCCGUCGUGUCGCCCAAUGUGUUGCGAAUGCCUUCGCAGGCGACGCGGUCAACUCGGUUGUAUUUGCAUCGUCGGCAGAGCUGUAUGCAGCGUCAAGCAACCAAGUGUACUUGUUCGAUCUGCGGCGCUCGCCGUCGCUCAUUUUGACGGAAGCUACGACGAUCUUCGAGCCGGCCGCGGACGACAUCAAUCGGUUGCACAUCCACCCGAUGCAAUCCAAGAAGCCUUGGCUCGCAGUCCCUGACGACGACGGCAGCAUCGGGCUGCUCAACAUGAAAACGCACGUUAUUCACACAUUGCGCGGCCAGCACUCGAGCAUUUGUUCCGCUGCCGCAUUUCGACCCCGCUGCGCCGGCUACGAUUUGAUCUCGGGUGGCCUGGACAGCCACCUCGUGUUUUGGGAAGUCCGCAACGACGGGUCCGGCGGCCGCAUGCGCGCCAAGCUAAACAUGCAGCAUGCCGACACAGGUUUGGGCGAUGCCACCCAGAUCUGGAAUCCUCCAUUCGUGCACGAUCUGGCGUUCUCAACGUCCGGAAGGACGGUGGCCGCCGCCCUCGGCGACGGGUCCAUUGCCCUCAUCGACUUUGCGUCCAAGUCCGUGCGCACCAAACUGCGAAGUGGCCACAACGCUCCUGUAGGCGUCGUUCGAUUCUUCGACUACAACUCGGCCGAGUUUCUCGUUUCCGCUGGCAACGAUUCCAAGGUGUGCAUCUGGCCAUUCCAAGACUCUGCGCCCGCUCCCGACCCUUGUGCGGCCAUCCAUCUCCACCACAAGCCCAACGACGUCGCGGUGUCGGGCGAUGCCGUGUACGUCGCAGACGUGAGUCCAACAGUCAGCACGUACCAACUCAGUUAACUGAGUUGGUCGACGGCAUAACGGGGACAUGCUGCUUGUGUGCGUGCGGUGGACGACUCGACAUGGACGCGAGCGCUUUGGACUUACUCGCUCGAGACUGUGACGACGUAAAAACGCGUGCCGUACGCGAGGCGAUACGGGUUGAAAUCCUACCGCCGCCCAUGACGCACGUUCGUUUCGCGCACGGCGUACCUCUGUCGCUUGGAAGGAAUCGAUGAAGAUGAUUUCCCCACAAAUGUAGGCAGGCCAUCUAGGUGAAACCCGUGUCAUGA